AUGGACCAGGGCCAAGAAGGACAGCCACAAUGGCACGAGGAGGCCGCAGGCCUGCCGUCUCACUACUCCCCGCGGUCUCGGGCGCUCGGCCACCAUGAAGGAGCAGCACCCAGCGCCGCGCAAUUGCAAAGGGACAAGCUCUCCCUGUCAGCUCUGGGGUCGCUGAACGAACGCCCAAGGUCCUCGACUGCCUCCUCAACACACUCAGAUGACCAGACACCGCUCCCCUCGUUACUGUCACCUCAAUUCACCCCGCCGGCGACGCCGGGAACAGCGACGCCUUCCACAGAACAACCCCGUAGUGUGCCUGUGGACUCUUCACUGCCCUCUGGAGGCGCUGGAGUCAAGCGACCGAGACUGUUAGAGACACUACCCGACGUGCAAUGCAUAGUACGAGCACGGAUCCCGACGGUAAACGGAACGGAAAUGUUCCUACACCUCUACACGAACAAUGUAGACAACAAGGAGCAUCUGGCGAUCGUGUUCGGCAACAACAUCAGAAGUAAGAGCCUCGACGCGCCGCGGGAAGGCGAGACGGAGAUGGACCGCAUGGUUCGUGGCGCAUACACUGGCAGACUAUACCCAGGGCGGACGAAGAGCGGCAUGGUCGGAUCUACCACCGGCCCAGCCGAGCCAGAGGCGCCAAACGGGCCGCCGCUGGUGAGGAUUCACUCCGAGUGCUACACGGGCGAGACGGCAUGGUCGGCGCGGUGCGACUGCGGCGAGCAGCUGGACGAGGCCGCGCGACUCAUGGCUCUGCCGUCGCAAGUCAACAACGGCGGCAUUAUCAUCUACCUGCGCCAAGAGGGCCGCGGUAUCGGGCUUGGCGAGAAACUCAAGGCGUACAACCUGCAAGAUAUGGGCUCGGAUACCGUCGAGGCGAACCUAUUGCUCAAGCAUCCGGCAGACGCGCGAAGUUAUGGCCUGGCGACCGCAAUGCUGUUGGACCUGGGUCAGGAGGAGGUCAGGUUACUGACCAACAACCCCGAUAAGAUCCGUGCCGUCGAAGGACCAAAUAGGGAGGUUAGGGUCAAGGAGAGGGUGGCCAUGGUGCCACUCAGUUGGAAGGGUAAAGGCGGAUUUAGGAGCCAGGAGGUGGAGGGGUAUCUGAAGACAAAGAUCGAGAAGAUGGGGCAUAUGUUAGAUAUGGGCGGACUACCACCUACAGCAUAA